CGGCUCGGGGCAGGAUGGCUUCUAGCUGAAGACGAUUCCUGGCACCACUGCCGCUGUCACUCCUCUCUUCCCCCUUCCCCCUUCCCCGCCCGCCGCAGACGUGAUACUAAAGCCGCUUGGGCCAACUGCCCUAAAUAGAAGCUGCCGGCAUGGAGCAAGCGACAGCGGCCCAGGCCUUGGAGCAGGUGCCAUCACUGAACAAUGGCCUCGAGCAUCUGGAAGAAACAGGCCCCGCCUCAUCUCUGGACAUUGAGGAAUCUGCUUUGAAAGCCAAUGUUGUUGUGCAGGAAGCCAAGGAUUUGACUGCCAGUGACAAAGAAGUGAAUUUGAUAAUGACAAAUGUAGUGGCAGAUGGCAGAACUGAGAGGCAGGACCCAGAGCCAACGGUGUUUGAUGCUGAGACUGCAACACACAUUGGCAAAGUGACAGCUGCAGAUGCCAUUGCUGUUGAACUGGAUUUCAAGUCAACCCAUUCAGAGAUCAAAGACUUGGACAGAGCUCACAGCAACAGUGGAGCAGGCAAUGACAUGAUACCCCAAGGUAGGAUUAAGGAUUGGAGUACCACAGCAAGAACACGGAUUUCAGAAGAUACAGGUCAGUUUAACAAAGGCACAGUCCUGGGUCCCAGCACUCGAGUAACAUCAGAGGACACAAAGCUUGAACAGGCCAAACAGGAAGAUGACGAUGAUGAUGUCAUUUCACUCGACUGUGAAAUUCUUGGGUUUGGUCCUGAUAUUGAAUUCCUGGGCCCAGAUGCUGAAAUCUAUAUGCAGUUCAUGCGGAGUCAUCGCUGUUAUGAUGCUAUUCCCACCAGUUCCAAACUGGUCGUGUUUGAGACCACUCUGCAGAUUAAAAAGGCGUUCUUGGCCCUGGUGGCUAAUGGGGUGCGAGCCGCUCCUCUUUGGGACAGCAAACAGCAGUGCUUUGUGGGCAUGCUGACCAUCACUGAUUUUAUUAAUAUUUUACAUCGCUAUUAUCGAUCUCCUAUGGUCCAGAUAUACGAGAUUGAGGGGCACAAAAUUGAAACUUGGAGAGAGGUGUAUUUGCAGGGUUCCUUCAAGCCUUUGGUGCAUAUUUCUCCAAACCACAGCCUCUUUGAUGCGGUUUAUUCCUUGAUUAAGAAUAAGAUCCACCGACUGCCUGUGAUUGAUCCCAUCUCAGGAAAUGUCCUGCACAUCCUGACCCACAAGCGCAUCCUCAAAUUUCUGCACAUCUUUGGAGCCAUGCUUCCAAAGCCACGCUUCUUGCAGAAAACCAUCCAAGAGCUGGGCAUUGGUACUUUUCGUGACAUUGCUGUAGUGUUAGACUCCGCUCCUGUCUACACAGCUUUGGAGAUUUUUGUGGACCGCAGAGUCUCGGCGCUGCCUGUGGUUAAUGAAAAAGGAACGGUAGUUGGCCUCUAUUCCCGCUUUGAUGUGAUUCAUCUGGCUGCCCAGAAGUCUUACAACAACCUGGACAUUAGUGUGGGGGAAGCCCUGAAACAGCGCUCGGUCUGCCUAGAAGGAGUCCUUACAUGCCAUCCCUAUGAAACUCUAGAAGACAUAAUUGAUCGUAUUGCCAAAGAGCAGGUGCAUCGCCUGGUUCUGGUGGAUAAGAAGAACACUCCGCGGGGGAUCGUGUCCCUCUCAGAUAUUCUCCAAGCCUUGGUGCUCACACCCGCAGGCAUCAACUGCUAUUCCCUCUGACAGUGUGCAAGGACUCCUGGCUACUUGAUCUGCUGCUACUGCAUCAAUGACUCCUGGGGGCCAGUAAGAGAAGCUCUAACAGCUAUGAAGAAGGCCUAGCAUCUCAAGAGCCCUGACUGCCAGUUCCUUCCUCUCAGUGAACCACGAAAGAGGCCUGAGGGAGGACAAAAGUUCUAAACUCGGAAUUGCAAAUGGAGGGGGGUCACUUCUUUGGCCCCUAAACCAAUAUACAGGAACUAGUCUGCUACAAGGGUGUGGGGUGGGGGGAAGGAGAGGUGUGUAUCUUGAACAAUGUGUCCAUUGUUUGCCUCCUCUUCUUGGCCUCACUAACUGGAAGAUUGUAUUUGAAAAUCGAACAUGCUUCGGGGCCUCUUUUGCUUCAGCUGGAAAAAAGAUUGCUAGAGACUAUGGAUAAUGCUUCAGGAUAAAGCCCAAAAGGUUAUUUACCUUCGCUGCAGGAGGAUUAAUUCUAAGUUAAAGGCAGAUUCUACACCUUGAAAAGGACUAGGCUGAGCUAUUUCAGAAAAACCUGCAGGUUUUUUUCUUAGUUCUUAAAGUAGGCUCAUGUCUUGCUUUGAUAUUUCAUUGCACUGAACCACUUGGAAGGCAAGGCACAAGACCAGCUUAGGAUAAUUGUUGUGAGGUAGACAGGACCCUUGUUUGUACACUUUUAGGUCCCUAUUCAAAGUAUUUUGCCCCAUUCUGAAACUU